AUGGCUUCUCAUCUAAAAGGUGUAGCAAAAUCAACUAUGUCAGAUCGAAUACGUAAGGAGUUGUGUGAGUACAAGAGAGAUAAUCCUGCAAGCACACAAAAAGACUUGCAGAGAUGGCUUGAGGAAAAUUUUCAAUUGAAAGUUAGUCAAGGAACAAUAUCAAACACACUUAAACGGUCAAAUGACUAUCUCUCUACUGAAAUAGAAAAGGGAAAAGCAGAUAUCAAAAGACACAAACCAGCAAAAUAUCCUGACAUGGAGAAGGUUGUUUAUGAGCGGUUUCUCCAGCAUCAAGAACGUGUGAAUAUCACAGGAGAAUUAAUUUUGCAUAAUGCAGGAGAUACAAUGAAACUCGUGUACCCUCAUGAUGAUUCAUAUUUUAACUUCUCUAUAGGAUGGCUUGGGAAAUUCAAGAACCGACAUGGCAUAAAGUCAUUUCAUCGUUUUGGCGAGAGUGGGUCUGUUGAUGUACAAGACAUGGAGCAGAAAUUAGUAUCGAUUCGGGAGAAAAUUGAUCAGUUCCCUAUGAAAGAUGUUUUCAAUAUGGAUGAAACUGGGUUAUUUUAUAGGCUACAAGCUGAUCAUUCACUGACAACAAAACAACUUGAAGGAAGAAAACAAGAUAAAGAAAAGCUGACGGUAGUUAUUUGUUGCAAUGAAGAUGGCUCUGAAAAAAUCCCUCUAUGGAUUAUUGGGAAAUAUGCAAAGCCUCGUUGCUUUAAGAAUGUCAACAUGAAUAGCUUGGAUUGUCAGUAUCGAGCUAACGAAAAAGCAUGGAUGACUAGUGUGUUUUUUGAUGAAUAUGUUCGUUCAUUUGACCAAAUGAUGCAUGGUAGAAGAGUUCUACUUGUGGUGGAUAAUUGUCCAGCACAUCCAAGAAAUAUUGAAGGGCUAAGAAACAUUGAGUUGUUCUUCUUGCCACCCAACAUGACAUCAAAGAUUCAACCUUGCGAUGCUGGGAUAGUAAGAUCUUUCAAGAUGCAUUACCGUAGAAGGUUUUACCGCAAAAUAUUGGAAGGUUAUGAGGUGGGACAAUCUGAUCCAGGGAAGAUAAAUGUCCUUGAUGCUAUCAAUUUGGCAAUCCCAGCUUGGACGAUUGAUGUUUGA